AUGUCUUCCAAAAAGAACGCCAUUGACGCCAGCCAGACGGCGCCCGACUUGGAAAUUGUCGGAGACCAGGUGACACUCCAUCCGUCCGGAUUCACUGGGGGAUCCGGCAGCCAAGAAGAUGAUGGCAUCACCGAGCGUAACUUGGUGCAACACAUGGCACGAUUCCGCGAAAGCCCGUUUGAUUUCUUACGAGAGGUCAGUCUAUUCGUUUCGGGGACGGGUUGGCGUGCAUACGAUUCGGUGAUCGGUCAACCGAUUUACUACCCGGGGUAUUCGGACAACAUUAAGCGUUUGAUCGUGGAAAGUCCUUUGUUGAAGAACAGAGUGGCAGAGCUGGCGGAGGCGAGGCUUCAGGUUGAGCAAUCGGAAGGAUGGUAUGGCGAUACCCCAGAUGCGGUCCAGAAAGCGAGAUCGCGCCGGAAAACCGAGAUUGUACAGAGCUUGCACGAUGUGGUGGACAAAAUGAUGGAUAAUAUGAUUUGCAAGAUGGAUAGCAAUGCGUUUAUCCGCAGCGCAUAUUACAUUGCCACCCAGCUCCUGACCCGGGCGUACCACCAAGGUAUUCACGUGUCCAGCGAGGAAGUCCUCCGGUUACGGUCUGUAGCACAGGCGGCAGCGGAAAAGAAACAAUCAAUUGUGUUCUUGCCCAACCACAAAUCACACGUCGACUAUGUCUCUUUGCAAGUGAUUUGCUAUCGACUCGGAAUUUCUCUACCGAUUGUGGUUGCCGGAGACAAUCUCAAUUUUCCCGCUGUCGGAGCGUUUCUGCAGCAUGCAGGUGCAAUGUGGAUUCGCCGCAGUUUUGGUGACGAUCAAUUGUAUUCUACUUUGGUGCAAACGUACAUUGAUGUGUUGCUACAGCAAGGCUACAAUUUUGAGUGCUUCAUUGAAGGUGGUCGGUCACGCACAGGGAAAUUGCUCUCCCCCAAGUUUGGUAUUCUGAGCUUCGUCCUUGACAGUCUGUUGUCCGGCCGUGUCAAGGAUACCAUUAUCUGUCCUGUUAGCACACAAUACGAUAAAGUGAUCGAAACAGAAUCAUAUAUUAGCGAGCUUUUAGGCCAGCCCAAGCAGAAAGAGAAUCUGGCAAACUUCCUCUCACAGUCUUCUGUUCUGUCAUUGAAGCUGGGCCGAGUUGACGUCCGCUUUCACGAACCAUGGAGUCUCAAAGAGUUUCUCGUACAACAAUUACAACGAAUCCAAGUGUCUCAAGCGUUGGGCUCCAGCAUCGCAUUAAGCUACGCUGAUCGAGGACGCGUUCUACGUGCCUUGGGCUACAGAGUUUUAUCAGACAUCAACGAUGUUUCCGUGAUGAUGCCUACUGCAUUGGUUGGUACAGUCUUAUUAACCCUCCGCGGAAGAGGUGUUGGCAAAGCAGAGCUGGUUCGCCGUGUAGAAUGGCUCAGCGAACGAGUUCGCGCAAAGGGUGGUCGUGUAGCGCACUUUUACCGUGCGCCUACUUCCCAAGUCGUUGAUCGUGCCUUGGAUGUUCUAGGCCCCAAACUAGUUGGUGAAGUGACUAGCCUCGCAGAACCGACAUUUUACGCCGUCGAUCGAUUUCAACUUUCGUUUUAUCGCAAUAUGACGAUCCACUUAUUCAUACCCGAAGCAUUGGUUUCAGCCGCAAUGUAUACAAAGGUGAAGCAGGGGGGUGGACCGGCCAAUCAGAAUAUUACAUAUGAUGCUCUAUUGGACCAGGUUACUUUCCUUUCUCAGCUCUUCCGAGGCGAGUUCAUUUUCCCGCCAGAGGGGUUGAUAGCAAACCUGGAGAAAUCUCUAUCUGGACUUGAAAAAGACGACAUCAUCAAGAUUACCAGAAACUCAACUGGCAAAAUUACAGCAGUGGGACUGAGUGACGCCGAGCGACAAUGUGGGAGAGAGAAUUUUGAUUUCUACUGCUUCCUGAUCUGGCCAUUCAUCGAAGCUACAUGGCUCGGUGCUGUUUCACUAAUGGGUCUCACGCCUCCAUUGAAUGGGCCGUCGGAUAUCUGGGUGAAUUUAAACAAGGCUCAGGAUAGUGCACAGCUACUUGGCAAAACCCUUUACCAUCAAGGUGACCUUUCAUACUUCGAAGCCGUGAACAAGGAGUCAUUGAAGAAUGCCUACCAAAGAUUCGCAGAAGAAGGAAUUAUUCUAGUUGGGCGAAGCAAGGACCAACCAAAAACUCCUGCCACGAUGAGACUUGCCGCAGAGUGGACACCACAACGCGAUCCGAAAACGGGGAGAUUAUCUGAUCGUGGCCGACUAUGGGAUUUCACGGAGAAGAUUGCUCAAUCGAGGCGCGAGGGCAAAAACCGUCGAGACGGAGCUACUGUCUCUUCCCGUGUACUCUUUAUGACCGACACUGAGAAGGCUGAGCAGAUUGCGAAAUCGGAACAAGACCAUGAAACGGCUAUCAGGGAGGCUGCUGCUGCUGUGUAUGCCGGUGGUGCUGAUACCACAGUCACAGCGUUGAUUGUCUUUAUGCUCGCGAUGAUGAAAUUCCCUCACGUCCAGAAGAAAGCGCAAGCCGAAAUUGACGCUGCGAUUGUCGGCUACCGUUUCCCUACCUUGACGACCGGGAACAAACUCCCCUAUGGACUUGAAACCGAGCAUUAA